GGCAAAGAGACUCCGGGCGGGUAUUCUGUGACAAAGACAAGACCCCCAGGUCUGCUUAGAGCAAGGCAGGUGAAGGAGGCAGCCAGGUGGGUCCCCACGUCUGUCCCUAGGACAAUAUGGAUUAUAAGUCGAGCCUGAUCCAGGAUGGAAACCCCAUGGAGAACCUGGAGAAGCAGCUGAUCUGCCCCAUCUGCCUGGAGAUGUUUACCAAGCCGGUGGUCAUCUUGCCGUGCCAGCACAACCUCUGCCGGAAGUGUGCCAACGACAUCUUCCAGGCUGCCAAUCCCUACUGGACCGGCCGGGUUGGCUCCGCGGCCAUGUCUGGAGGCCGUUUCCGCUGCCCCUCCUGCCGCCACGAGGUGAUCAUGGACCGCCACGGAGUGUACGGCCUGCAGCGGAAUCUGCUAGUGGAGAACAUCAUUGACAUCUACAAACAGGAGUGCUCCAGUCGGCCGCUGCAGAAGGGCAGCCACCCCAUGUGCAAGGAGCAUGAAGAUGAGAAAAUCAACAUCUACUGCCUCACGUGCGAGGUGCCCACGUGCUCCAUGUGCAAGGUGUUCGGAGCCCACAAGGCCUGCGAGGUGGCCCCGCUGCAGAGUGUCUUCCAGGGACAGAAGACUGAGCUGAGUAACUGUAUCUCCAUGCUGGUGGCAGGGAACGACCGUGUGCAGACCAUCAUCACUCAGUUGGAGGAUUCCUGUCGAGUGACCAAGGAGAACAGUCACCAGGUGAAAGAAGAACUGAGCCAGAAGUUUGAUGCGCUGUACGCCAUCCUGGACGAGAAGAAGAGCGAGCUGCUGCAGCGGAUCACGCGGGAGCAGGAGGAGAAGCUCGGCUUCCUCGAGGCCCUCAUCCAGCAGUACCGGGAGCAACUGGACAAGUCCACCAAGCUGGUGGAGACAGCCAUCCAGUCUCUGGACGAGCCUGGUGGCGCCAUCUUCCUCUUGAGUGCCAAGCAGCUCAUCAGAAGCAUUGUGGAAGCUUCCAAGGGUUGCCAGCUGGGGAAGAUAGAGCAGGGCUUUGAAAACAUGGACUACUUUACUUUGGACUUAGAGCACAUAGCUGACACCCUGAGGACCAUCGACUUUGGGACAGAUGAGGAAGAGGAGGAGUUCAUUGAAGAAGAAGAAGAUCAUGAAGAGGAAGAGUCCACAGAGGGGAAGGAAGAAGGACACCAGUAAGGAGAUGAUGAGGGAGAGACCCUCUAGAUGCAGAG